GUCAAAGAGGAGGUAGAGGAGGAGAGAGGGGUCAAAGAGGAGGAGAGAGGAGUCAAAGAAGAGGAGAACAGGGAUGUGUCUACUCCAGAUCUAGAGGAAGAGGAGGAAGAAGUAGAUAGUAUCAGUGACCCAGGAGAGAGCUCCAACCCAGGUUCAGACAGUGAGCCCAGUUCCACAGCAUCAGGAAACCCUAAACAACACAGACAGAGGAACUCAAGACAGAAACAUCACCACUGCAUGGACUGCUUCACUAGUUUCUAUGAGCCAGAGGAGUUGAGAAGACACACUUGUAGGCCCCACACCUGCUCAGAUUGCAGAGGCAGUUUUAUCUGUCCAAUUCACCUCAAAUCACACCAACAGACUCUCAAAAGAAAGAAAACGUACCCGUGUUGUCAUUGUGAGAAGAGUUUUCAGACCCCAAGCAGCUUGAAGAAUCACCAGCUUACUCACACAGGAAAGAAGCCUUUCCGCUGCUCCCAGUGUGGGAAGACUUUUGAUUCGUCAUUACAUUUGAAGAGACACCAGAGAAUACACACAGGGGAGAAGCCGUUCCACUGCUCCCAAUGUGGGAAGGGUUUCAGUAAUGAAGGAAAUCGAAAUAAACAUCAGAAAAUACACACAGGAGAGAAGCCUUACCACUGCUCUGAGUGCGGGAAGAGUUUCAAUCAGUUAUCACAUUUAAAGGCACACCAACAAACUCACACAGGAGAGAAGCCUUUUCACUGCUCCCAGUGUGGGAAGGGUUUCAGUCUGUCAUCAUAUCUGAAGAGGCACCAGCUAACGCACAGAGAGAAGCAUUACCACUGCUCUCAUUGUGGGAAGAGUUUUAAAUUGGAAGGAAGCCUUAAGAGUCAUCAGAGAAUACACAGUGGAGAGAAGCCCCACCACUGCUCCCAAUGCGGUAAGAGCUUCAAUCAGGCAGGAGACCUAAAGAGACAUCAGAGAAUACACAGUGGAGAGAAGCCCUACCACUGCUCCCAAUGUGGGAAGAGCUUUAGUCAGGCAGGACGGCUAAAUGAACACCAGAAAUAUCACACAGGAGAGAAGCCGUACCACUGUGAUCAGUGUGGGAAGAGUUUCCAUCGAGUAGGACACCUAAAUAACCACCAAAGAAUACACACAGGGGAGAAACCGUACAGCUGUGAACAGUGUGGGAAGAGUUUCCAUUGGGAAGGAUACCUAAAUAACCAUCAGAGAAUACACACAGGCGAGAAGCCUUACCACUGCUCUCAAUGUGGGACGAGUUUCACCUGGUUAUCGUCCCUAAAAUAUCACCAGUUAAAAUGUCAGGGUAGUUCCACUAUUACUUCCCCUACGGACUCGGGAGAGGCGAAGGUCGAGAGCGGCGAAGGUCGAGAGCCACGCGUCCCCGAAACACGACCUUGCCAAGCCGCACAGCUUCUUGAGUUCACUCUCAUAACAGCCACGUUGUAUUCCUCCUCUUCCCUUCGCUUGUGGACUUCAAUGCACAACAAAUCAGCUGUAUGUGACCAGCCUUCCAUGUCUGAACCCAAGUCCAUGGAGUCCCUGGGUUCUGGCUGUGGUGUUCCAGCCCAGAGAAGCUCACAGUGGGGUCCAGAGAUGGUCUCAGUGAAGCUGGAGGAGUGCAGUCAACCACUGGAACUCAAUGUGAUUGUCAAAGAGGAAUGGGAGGAGAGAGAAAUUGAGGAGGAGAGAGCAGUCAAAAAAGAAGAAGAGGAGGAGGAUAUAAGCAUUAAAGAAGAAGAAGAGGUGGAGGAAAGAGCAGUGAAAGAAGAAGAAGAGGAGGACAAGGAAGGAGCUGCUCAACGUCCAGGAACUGAAGAAGUAGAUAGUAUCACUGACCCAGGAGAGAGCUCCAACCCAGGCUCAGACAGCGAUCCCAGUACCACAGCAUCAGGAAACCAUAAACACAGGCAGAGGAACUCAAGACAGGAACAUCACCACUGCAUGGACUGCUUCACUAGUUUCUAUGAGCCAGAGGAGUUGAGAAGGCACACUUGUAGGCCCCGCCCCUGCUCAUAUUGCAGAGGCAGUUUUAUUUGUCCUAUUCACCUCAUACCACACAAAAAUACUAUCAAAAGAAAGAAGGCUUACCCCUGUGGUCAAUGUGGGAAGAGUUUUCAGACCCCAAGCAGCUUGAAGACGCACCAGCUUACUCACACAGGAAUGAAGCCGUACCACUGCUUUCAGUGUAGGAAGACUUUCGGUUGGUCAUUCAAUUUGAAGAGACACCAGAAAAUACACACAGGGGAGAAACCUUUCCACUGCUCCCAAUGUGGGAAGAGCUUCAGUCAGGCAGGAGACCUAAAGAAACAUCAGAGAAUACACACAGGAGAGAAGCCUUACCACUGCUCUGAGUGCGGGAAUAGCUUUAGUAUAGAAGCAAAUCUAAAGGAGCACCAGAAAAUACACACAGGAGAGAAACCUUUCCACUGCUCCCAAUGUGGAAAAAGUUUCAGUCGGUUAAGAGAACUAAAGAAACAUCAGAGAAUGCACACAGGGGAAAAGCCAUACAGUUGUGAUCAGUGUGGGAAGAGUUUCAGUCAAACGGGAGUGCUAAAGAGACAUCAGCUAACUCACACAGGAGAAAAGCCUUUCAACUGCUUCCAGUGUGGGAAGGAUUUCAGUCAGUCAUCACUUCUGAAGAGACACCAGCUAACUCACACAGGAAAGAAACCUCACCACUGCUCUCAGUGUGGAAAGAGUUUUAAAUUGGAAGGAAGCCUUCAGAGUCAUCAGAGAAUACACAAUGGAGAUAAACCCCACCACUGCGCCCAAUGUGGGAAGGCUUUCAGUCAGGCAGGAGACCUAAGGAAACAUCAGAGAAUACACAACACAGGAGAGAAGCCUUUCCACUGCUCUCAGUGUGGGAAGACUUUCGGUCGGUCAUUAUUUUUGAAGCGACACCAGAGAAGACACACAGGGGAGAAGCCUUUCCACUGCUCCCAAUGUGGGAAGAGCUUCAGUGAGAAAGGAAAUUUAAAGCAACACCAGAGAAGACACUCAGGAGAGAAACCGUACAACUGUGAUCAGUGUGGGAUUUGUUUUAAAUGGAAACAAAGCCUGAAAGAACAUCAGGAGGCAAAGCACAGUGCAGUGCCCAACACUGACCUUAUAAUGGUGUUGCCAAGCUGGGCAACUACAUAUCUAACUAAUAUUGACUGACUGUAUUUGUCAUUCUGUUAAACCUUUUUUAAAUAUAUAUAUUUGACCUUUUUAACACUUUUUUAUUUAGACAGCCGAAAACAGAGGGGUCGACAGGAAAUUGGGAGGGUGGACACAGGAAUUGAACCCCGGUCUCCAGUGGGGAGUAGAGUACAUGUAACUGGGAGUGUUAACGCUAGACCCCAGGCUCUGCAGAUUAUUCUGUGAAACUUGAAGUUCAUUUUUUUAUAUUCUCAUAUGGAAAUGUACUAAAGCGUUAUGACAUGUGGAUCAUAUCCUUCAGAAAUCCAUUCAGUUUCUAUCUGCAUAAAUCAAUACUUUCUAAACUAAACUUCCAUUACCUCAAUUCAACCAGCCAGACACUCACCUCUCGGAAACAUUUCAUGUGCAUAUUGAUGUUAUUUCACCAGACUGCGCAUGUAUCUGUUUUAAUGUAACAGUUUUUCUGGGUGAUUUGUGAUGUUUUACUUGUGCUUCCCUUGACUGAGUUUUUGUAUUUUAAUGUGUGUGUGUAUAUUUUGUGUAUAUUUGUGUUGUAUUGUGCACGGCACAUUUGAAAAAGAGACCUAGGUCUCUAUGUCUUCCCUGGUAAGAUUAAGGUAAAGAAAUCUAUUCUAAUAAUUACCUGAUUUAAAAAAGUUAUGGACAGAAAUGUGGGUAGAAAUAAGGGAAGUUGUCUUUAUUAACCAGUGAUCUACUAUAAUGCAGGUAUCAUGUGAAGUAAAAGUAAUGACAAGCACAUCUUGUUUGUUUUUUUAUUCAUGUUUUAUUCAGAGAAUAAUUAGUUUAUUCUAUUCAUAUAUUCAAAAAUUCAUUCAUUCAGCCCUCCUGUCCAAAGUCCUCUGUGAACUUCAGUGUUGACUGUGGGUCACGUGGUGGAUAGUGAGCGUAGCAUGUCAGACUGGAGGACAGAGGGACACAGAGAAGACAUGUCAGACUGGAGGACAGAGGGACACAGAGAAAACAUGUC